AUGCAUCAAAGUAGGCCUAUAACAAAGAUUGUGCAUUUGCUAAAUGAACAGGAUGACUCGGAUUUGUCUAUCCAAUGUCAGGUGCCGUUGUCGGGCUCUACACUAGACAUGGGCAAUGAUAAGAGAUCCCACGCAUUGGCAGCCAACGCAGCCCCAAGAGUGAGUAAAAAGCCACCCACAAGUAAAGGCAACAAUGGGCAAAAAGUACGAACUCUGGGCUCGGAACUGGUUUCUUCCAAGAGUGAGUCCACCACACCUUUCGCCAAAAAGAGCCAGGCGAGCAAAUCAAAAUCCUCGGGGCAGUUUGACAUUGAACGCCUUAGAAGGACUAAAAUUACGCCAGGUCGUAACUCCAGCACGCUCAAGGUGUACCAUGAAAAUUCGGGCUUAUUUUACGAGAUUUCGACCAAUUCAGUACCGGUCUUCAAAGUCCUCAAAUCACAAGUGCCGGAUCCCAUCGUCUUCUAUGAGUCAGUCAAAGAUUUAGGUUCGCAACACGGUUGUGUGAAAUUAGUUUUCUGUGAUUCUAACGGUGCGUUUCAGUACGAAGAGAAAGAAUCCUGCGAUAAAUUUGGUGGCAAUCCUGACCAGUUUUGGUUCAGGGCGGUAACCCAGUUUACAGGCUCUUUGGGGGCGAAUAAGCAACACAUGUACGAGUUUUACAGAGACCUUCUGAAUUACCAUGAGAUGACGAAAGACGAGGGGCAGAACUUCAGCAGAGUUCCGAGCAUAAAUAAAAGAGUUUUAGAUCUUUAUCGCUUAUUCAAUUGUGUGCGACUCAGAGGUGGUUAUGAAGCUGUCUGUCAGGAGAAACUGUGGGCACAGAUAGGUCGAGAGCUCGGUUACUCUGGGAGAAUCAUGAGCUCUCUAUCUACUUCACUAAGGCUUGCGUACGUCAAAGUACUGUUGGGAUAUGAACAGUAUCUGAAGAAUAAAAAUGAGAAAGGCCCCCAUGAAGUAGCCAUCCCAAUGAUUGAACAGAAACAAGAUGAUGGCUUUCUGAACCAAGGCGCAGAUAAUGAGUAUAUUUUUGAAGUCGCACAUUCGGCUGCGGAGUAUAAGGUUCUGAGGGAGCUCAGUGAGGUGAAAGGUUGCACAAAACAUUAUUCUGUUGAAAGUCAUGGUGUUUGCACGGAUAAGCAUAACCAUUCCUUGCCUCGUUGUGAAUCUAACGCCUGGCAAGUUGGACUCGAAACAUACGAGAGUAAUGUAUUCAACUCACAUUGUUCACCGAUAUAUGAUCUGAGACAGUAUUACGAAAAAAGUGAGAGACAUAUCGAAAGUUUACGAACUAAAUAUGCCAAUAGUUCUUCUGAAUUCACAUCAAAUUUUCAGGAGUUUGAACAACCAAAUUUUGAAAGGCUUUUCUUCGAAUUUCUGUCCUCUGGAAAGGAACCUCAUUUUGUUGAUACAGGACUCGGUCUAGAAGCAGCGGCUCACAAUUUUGGUUCGUCUUUCAUACCGAAUAAUAAGGAUAAAUAUAACGCGUUUAAAGACCAAUGGAAUUUGGAGAACUUCCCUCUCCAAGAAAAUUCCCUACUCAGACAUCUAGACCUUGACUUCCGUAAUUACACGCAUACAACCGUCAACGUUGGUAUGCUUUUCUCAGUGGAAGGUUGGCAUACUAAUGGAAACUUUCUUCCAAGUAUUAACUACAAUCAUUUGGGUGCUGCCAAACUCUGGUAUGUCGUUCCUUCUACUGACAUGGAGAAAUUCGAACUGUUGGUCGAAACCAUAAACAAUAAAUUGCACUUUGAGAAUAGCCAAGUAAGCCCCCCCUGUAUUUAUGAUGAAAAGCUUAAAAAUUCCGAAUUCUACAAAUGCUAUUCGGAGUCAGCUCUUCUAUUGCAUGAUGAAUGGGUUGGUCCCGAGAAGUCCUCUCGAGCUGCUGGUAAAACAACCUCUCAAAAAAGUCUUCCAGGAGACCUCCUACUACAUCCAAAGCUUUUGGAGAGACAUGGAAUCAAAUGGCUCACUGUUACUCAGGAGAGUGGCACAUAUAUUUUCACAUUCCCAAAGGCAUAUACUUCGAAUAUUGCAAGUGGCUUCUGUGCGUCGGAGAAUGCUUUUUUUGCACCGCAUUCAUGGUUAUGUAACAACAUAUUGGAAGGAUCAGAGUGGUUUUAUAAGAACAAUAUGCUUCCGGGUAUAUUGCCCUUUCAGUUUCUGCUGAAUAUCACAUCAUAUAAAGAUAACACAUCCUUCUCUAGGACGGCCAAACAUAUUCUAAAGCAGCUAGCACAAGAAGAAAUCCACUACAGGUCCAAAGUACGAAAAGCCCUAAACGAGAAAGGUUGUAUUAAAAACAAAUUCGAUUAUAUUUCUGAUAUAUCCUUUAAACCCGCAGGAGGUAGCAAAGUUGUGAUAACCGAUUCUCUUGAUACCAAAACUCUAACAUGUGAAGAGUUCUUGAAAAUGAUUACCGAAAGUGAACUCGAAAAAUUAUCAGCUUGCGAACGAAAAGUUUUAUUGCAGAACUCGCAACUACACAUAUAUUGCUCAGAUGAGAGAAUCAUGUCUAUCCUCUCAGAAUCUGAUGAUUUAUGCAAUAGUAAUAAAUAUGAAGGAGAAGAUAGCAACGAUGUAUUAUUCAAAAAUUUGAAAGCUUUACAGAAGGAGGGAACAGUUCCAUUAGCAAUUUUGGAGGGACUCUCUCGUAAAAUUAAUCCUGAAAUUCCAUGGUUUGCCGAAUUUGAAGAAUUGCUUUUCAAAGUAAGGGCCCUUCAACAAGACUGUGAGCGUAUUUUAUCAUCAUUUACAUCUUCCUGUCAAGUUGAUGCCUUCGAAAACCUUGGGAACGGCUUGAACCUUGACGAGCCACAAGUGGGAAACGGAGACUUGGAUCUUGCUUUCUUCCAUUCAAUUGUUCAUAAGAUAGAAGAAAGCUGUGUUACGUUUCCCAGUAUGUUUGAAGUACUCAGAAGGCGUGGAGAUGUUAAUGCAUUCGAAGUGAAGUUGAAGGAGUCUCUACAGUCGAAGACGCUUGUGGACCUAAAGUACGCGUAUUCGUUGGGUAGAUGGUUAAACGUUGCAAGCAAAUAUUUGGAGCCAGUAGUCUAUUGGAUGUGUCGAAACAAGUGGCUAGAGAGUUAUCAAACGCUUCUUACGAGUAACAGCAAGCACAUCUCUGUAGCAUACACGAUUCAUGAUCUACAUUCCUUUCUGAAAUAUGGCAUUAAAUAUUGUGGAGCCGAGCAGAGUGAAAAACUUCAGAAAGUGAAACAAAUAAUAGUCAAAUCUCAAAAUGUCAUAAACUUGAUCAAUGGUAUAUUGAACCACAAACAUACAGGCGAAUUCAAACUAGAUGAUUUGAAGAAUGUUGUUCAAAUGGCAUUUGAAGAAUGUUUACCCGUGAAUCAGGAACUUACCACCACGUUAGUAUCGAUUUUAAAUGCUGUUAACGGUGCGAAGGAUAAGCUCUCUCCUUUAUUGCAAAUGAUAGACGUUAAUCGACCUUUUCAGUUCCAGUUAAUCGAAGGAAUAAAAAAAAACUCGAAGGACUCACUCCAACUUCUAACCAAGUUUGAUGGUUCCACUAAUGAUAAGAGAAUCGCUAUGUCAGACGUUCUGAGCCAAAAAUUUUUCAGCGAUAAUAUAAAAGCAUGUAAAAACUGGAUUAAUAAGGUCAACAAAAUCUUUACCAAAAGUAAAAGGGAAAAGCUAAGAAACAGGUUAUUAAGUGCUUUGGAUGUCAAAUUUGACAAAUAUCAUAAAAAAGAUGAUUCGGAACCUACAGAAAAUCAAGAGAUAUACUGCUUCUGUAGACGAGGUGAUAUUGGAGGAACAAUGAUUGAAUGCGAAGUGUGCAAGGAGUGGUAUCAUACCGGAUGUAUUGCUCCUCAUACUUGGAAAUUACCGCAAGAUUCCAAUAGUGUUUUCGUCUGCUCAGUGUGUUCACCCAGAGUAUGUGUUUCUUCCGCCAGUAUCGAUUAUUCAAUAAUACAGAACUUAUUCCUCGAAUCGGUAAAACUGAAAUUGGCACCAGACAGACAAAUGCUCUCUGACGUAUCCUCAAUUUUCGAAUCCCUCUUUCUGUUCAAGAUUGACAUGAUGGAAAGACUUUCAAUUUCUGAAGGUCAAUUGGCACCUGAUGUUACCUUGAAUCAGGCAAAACACUAUUUAAGAAAGCUGAUUAAGUCGAACUGUCGUUUCGCUUCAUGGGAUGGUGUCCUGGAAGCGUUUUGUCAAGUAAAAAAUGUCGAACUUAAUGAAGACCUGAAAUCUCGAAGACUUGUCAUACUUACUGGGCCGGAAAGUAUAAUGCAUGCCAAUGAGACUUCCGUUGCAUCCUCUACAACAUCAGAUGUACCGAAUACUCCAGAAAAAGCAGAGGAUGCUGAACGUAAGAUCAAGAUUGAGAAAGAUUAA